UAUAGCAGAAAAAGAUUUGAAAGAGAAAGAAUUACAAAAUAAGAUCAAAGAUGCAGUAGAUUUUUGUUAUGCUGUAUUUAACGAUAAAGAAAAUGAAGAAUUCAAUAAGGAAAAAUUAGAGAAAAUCAUAAGCGUGCUUAAUAAUGAGGACGGCAUUUUUAUUCGAGGAGCCAUUCCGGGACAGUGCGAACUUAGAAAAAGUGAAGAAAUAGAAACUUUUAUCAAACAAAAAAAUCAAGAAGCUGUUGAAGAACUUAUAAAAGCGAAUAACCAAUCUGA